UACUCUUUACACUUGUCGGGAUAAAUAAAGUAGGAGGCAACCCCAGCUAAGUUGGUAGCGAUUUACCUCAUUAUGGUCCUUUACUGGCUAGAGUCACAAGACAAAUUUCACUCAAAAUACAUAUUUGGAUAGUGACUGUGGACUUUCUAUAUCAGAGAUUAACACCACAAAUUCAAAUGCAGGGUUGGAAGUUUGUGCAGAAAAAUGUUUGUAUGCUUUGUUACAAAGGCAGCAUCAAUGCUGUAUGUGCAGAAUCUGCACUUUUACUAAACAGAAGAUAGCCAGCCAGCCAUCCAUCUCCACUAACCAAACUGAGAAGUGCAAAUCAUUCCCAGUGUGAAAAAGGAACAAUCAUAUAUAUUAUGCUGCAAAAACCAUGUUACCCAUGUUAGAUCUCACUUUAGUGGAAGAAGAAGGAGAAGAAGCAGAUUCCAGUAAAGAAAUCUUUUGUCUGAAGCUGUUGAAACUUGCAUACAUUGCUUGGAUUAGAAUAGAAGUAAGAUAUAUGCCUGGUGAAAAUCCCCCAACUUAUUCUUAUCAUUGAUUUUUCCCCAAGCUCCCAUCUUACCAAACACUGAAUAAGGCUUCCCACCUAAGUGACAGACAUUUCACCAAGCCAAAACUCAAUCCAAGAAACAUUCCCAUUUCCCAUUCCCCAGUUCUGCACUUUCCAGUCUUACUGAAAAAAAGCUCCAUCUUCGCGGGAAAACAUGGCAGCAAGAUCAGACUUGGCACAGAAGCUGCUGCACGAUCUCCGGCUCAGGAAGGAACGGAUGGGUGCUGCUCAGAAUUCUGGGAAUUCACACUCCGCGUCAAGAGGAGGAUAUGCAAAUGCUGGACAACCUCACCGGGGUUCUCGACAGAUAAAAACUCUAGAAUCUGCAGGUUCAAGAACAAGGAAUUCACAGAUAUCUGGGAGGGGGGGCAACAGAUCAUUCCAUGUUCAAGAAUCUGCUGGGCAGAUUGUUCCUUAUGCAGCUGGAAGAAAGAUAGAUCUGUCCAUGGCAAUCACAUUUGCCAUCGAAAAUCGAGGGAAGUUUACGAAACUCAACUCUUCAUCCAACAAUUCAGUGCUGGGAUUUAUCCAUCAAAUCGGGCAGAGAUCACUGGACUUGGGGAAAAUGGAAAGGAGAGGUCAUCCUUCAAGCAGCCAGAUUGUUACUCUCUCAAGUGUUCAAGUCAGCGAAAUCUCGAAAGGGAUACAGAGGAUAAACCAGAUCCUCAAAGCCUGCUCGGAUGGCGUUAACUUUGACAGAUACUCAGUUGAAGUUGGGAAGGAGCUCUUGAAAGGUGCCAUGGAUUUGGAGUCAUCCCUGAGAAUGCUUGUAAAUCUGCAGGAAACAUCCAACUACAUGAUCAAACCUCAACGAAAGAACCGGAUAACGUUGCUCGAUGAAGAUGAAGAUGACGAUAGUGCUGCAGAAACAGCAGACCAGAAGCUUCAACUGGACCUUCCAAGAUUCUCAUUUGAUAAACCCUCCAGAAAAUCACACAGCAAGAAGGAGACGAGUGAACCGCGACUUCUAGCCCUGACAUAUCCAAAUGAAAAGAAACCUCUUUCCCCUUCAGUUUUUAAGGCUCUUUCUGCAAAUUUGGAGCCCAAAAACCAGCCAAAUUCAUCAAUAACUGGAGCAGAAAAAGGGAGAAUUUCAAAUGUCAUUGCAAAACUUAUGGGACUGGAUGAAGUUCCCCAAACUGCAGAUAUGAAGGCAUCAAGACAGCCAUCAACCUCGAAGAAGAAAGAAUCUCCAGACCUGAAGAAAACUGCACAUUCCAGCGUUCGAUCGACUGCUGAUUCAGAAAACAAGCCACCCCACAACAUUGAUAAGAAAACUAAACAAUCCAAGAAUGUGUUGCCAUCUCUGGAUGCCAUAGUUCCCCUUAAAGAUGGUGGUUCUGCCAUGGUUGCCUCUGAUACAAUAAUCUCACAUCAGAAGGGUGCGAAACAAGCAGUUAGACAGAAUCACCAAACCAACAUUGCUCAAAUCUAUCAACUCCCUGGAAAUCUCCUGAAAAUGGAGAAAGAGCCACCGAAUCAUGGAAGCAGUGAAACCAUCUCGAAGAACGAGGCACAGCCAAACCUUCCACAAAAGCACAAGAUGGAAGUCGCUGAAAACUUGUCGCCGCAAAGAACCAAGCACAGGAAGAACAUACAUCAGACAGAAAACAAAGUAGCCGACAGAUUUCUCCCGGAGAACCAACAAACUCCCCUGGAAAAGACUGAAGCUCCUCGACUGCAAAAGCCAAGAAAACCUGAUGGGAUGGAGGACAAGAACCAAUCAGAUAGAAAAGAGCAAAAAUUGGAAGUCAGGAAGCCCAAUGGAGGUCAAGUAGAGACCAGAAUUUCACAAACAUUAAGGAAUAAAACAGGUAGUGUUCAAAAAAGGCAACCUUCACAGAACCAAGCCCAAAAUGGCAAGUUUGCAAGGCCUCAGAAAGAUCUCUCAAACAGCAUACACCCUAAAGAGCUUGCCAAAAAUGGGAAAUCUUCAGGGCCUAGAGCCACUAUGCAAUUAACACCUAGAAUCCAGAAGGUUGCACAAGAGAAGCCUAUCAAGGUGCCAGUCAUAAAGAAGAAAGAAAGUUACAUUCAAAUCCACAGAAAAGAAGCAUCUAAAAAUAUAAAAGGAUUGGAUGGUAGAAAAGAAACCCCCAAACCCAUGGCUGGGCCAUCGAAACAGCAGCUACCAAUAUUGCAAGUGAAAAAACAGACGAAACGUAAUGUGAACAGCAGCACAGCCGUGAAAGCAGGCAAAUCGAGCGAAGAACAUUCCAAGGAAUCAAAUGGAAACAUCUCUGAAUUUGAAACAUCAGAAGUAGCCAGUGAACCAAAAGACAAAGAGCUUAAAAUCACGCCCACCAAAACUCCAGAAACCCCAGCAGGACUAAAAACUGAGACUUUUGCAUCCGCACUGCCCGAGCCACUGACUGAAUCAGAAAAACAUCUUAAGGAGACACUGAUCAAAAGCCAUCUAUUCCUCAGCACUGCAGAGGCGCUUCUGAAGCUCAACUUACCGAUCAGCGUCCUCCAUGCCACUGAUCAUAUCAACCAAGGUGCAGACUUUAAGCUCACAGAAGACUGUGGCUAUGAAGUACUGAGAAGAAAAGCAAGGAGGCAAGAACUCUCACUCCAUCCCUGUGCGAAAAUAUGCAUCAGCUACACCAAGGUAAGAUCUUUAGAUGAUCUGAUCAAGCAACUGUGCAGAGACUUUGAGAAGCUGAGCUCCUAUGGCUGGGAAUCGUGCGAUUCAUCGGAGUAUUUCAACAAUAUGCUUGCGAAAGACAUGCGAAAUCGCGACCCGGACAUCAACUGUAUGUGGGAUUUUGGGUGGGAUGAGACCAUGUUUGGCUUCCUAGAAAAAGAUGAGAUUGCAAAGGAUGUUGAAAAGCAUUUGCUUAAGGGACUCAUAGAUGAGAUCACCAUCGACUUAUUAUAAUGCCUCUGAAAUAAGCAUUUAGUUCUGUAAAGAUUGAAAUGAAACCAUCAAAGCUGAUUUCUUUUCUUCAAUAGUUUUUUUAUUCUUGAAAUCAAAGCUCAUGAAUGGUUCAGUA